CAAUUCUGGACGACGGUCUGUGCACACCAUAUUCAUGCCCUUCCUCGCAUAUGUCGACGCGCCGGCGACUUCACCGACGGCUACAUGAUUAUAAUGGUGGUAGGAGAUAGCAGAACGUAACGCGUAUAGAUAACGGUGCCGACGUCGUGGGGAAGGAGAUUGUGAUGUGCACGUGAAGCUGGAAUCAGUGCCGUGAAGGCAGCGAGGAGACGAGGUUCGUCGGCUGAUUGUCCGAUCCCUCGGGACACGAGAAAGUUCCUUACUGAAGACUGGGAUUCGCGACCGUCCGCAGAGUCGCUCCGGCUUAUCGUAACUUUGGUGAAUUUAGUAGUGAUCAUGGAUAGAACACGACUUACGUAUGUCACAACUGCCGCCGUGGGCGUCGGCACGGCGGUUUUCUUCAUCUGGUGGUGGUGGAAUAGAAAACAAAAGCCUCAGCCACCGUCGAAAUGGCGAAAAGUCGGAGAACUGAGCGACUUGAUCGUGUACCCGGUCAAAUCACUCGGCGCAGUUCGCAUGACAGAGAUGGAAUGCACGGUAUUAGGACUGAAGUCCGGUUGGUUGAGAGAUCGGACGUUGCUCGUCAUCGAUCUCGAGGGGCGAUUUCUCACUGCUAGACAACAGCCUAAGAUGGUCAAUGUAUCACCUAGUAUUUCCGGUUCUGUGCUUACGCUUCGCGCUCCAGGCAUGAUGUCGAUGUCGGUGGACCUAUCCCAACUCCGCGGCAAAAGUUUCCGAGUUGCUUUGUGGGGUCAAGCGGUACCGGCACGAGAUUGUGGUGAGGAAGUUGCCCGAUGGCUGUCACGCUUUAUCCUUCAGGAGGAUACUGGUCUUAGAUUGGUCUACUAUCCAUUAGAUCAACCGGCGAGAACAGUGAGGCAGAGAAAUCAUAAAAUCUUUCCAUUGGAAGAAGCACAAGAUUUGGGAGCCUAUCCAGAUGAAACAGCCUACAGUCUGAUCAAUGAAACUUCAAUAGCAGACCUUAAUAGCCGAUUGGACGAACCAGUCUCGCCACAGCAAUUUCGCAUGAAUUUCGUGGUCAAGGGUGCCACUGCUUAUGAAGAAGAUAAAUGGGACUGGGUGAAAAUCGGCAGUGUGAUUAUGAGAAACGUUAGGCCCUGCACAAGAUGUAUCUUUACUACGAUAGAUCCAGAAACCGGCACGAAAAAUGCUAAUGUGGAACCUCUGAAGACUUUGAAAAGUUACAGACAGAUAACGGACCCGCAGAUUCGACCCGCGGUUGGCGAUAGUCCAGUGAUGGGAAUUCAUCUUGCAUUGCGAGGACCAGGCGGGGUAAUCCGCUUGGGUGAUCCAAUUUACGUGGGCAUCCCAGAUGAGCCACCACCGACUUUGGUUUCACCUUCCUAGCUAUACCGUUGGGACUCCUGCGAGAUUUCAGAAUACGAACUCGACACGGAGUCAAUGGUAGAGGAAUUGGUCAGGUAUCAGAAAACGGAGUGUGAAAAUCAAAGUCCUGAAUCAACGACGUAAUAUUGAUAAAGACGUUAUAUACGCGCAAGUGUAUGCACAUAACAUCUAUAGCUGGGAAUAAAUAAUCUAUCAGAUUAGUGGUAAGAAUUAUAAGAUUAUAAGACUUAUAAAAUUGUUAGUGAUAUAACUGUUAUCUUGCGAAAUGAUGAGUUUUGUGCGGAUCUAAUUCUAUAUGAGACCUAGAUCAAUAUUUAUAUCAUACAGAAAUAAAAUCAUAACAGCGCGCGUCUAAAGAUUCAGAAUUUUGCCGUAUUAUCAAGAAGAAGUCAGCAUUUGCUUCGUGAAUAUCAUUUAUCUAAAAUUAUUAAUCAUCAGAAAUAGAAAUGGACUUAAAUUUUUUCUGAAAUACACAUAUACAAAAUUUUCUUUAAAUAAUUUUUGUGAGAAAGUAAUCAUUUUCGAAUUAAUAUUUCAAUACUAAUACGUGCGCGCGCAUUAUGAAGUGAUUAUAUUGUAUACGCCUUUACAAUAUGAGUUCUGGGCUUCAUAGUCCCUUUUUAUAUUUAAGUUCGUUUCAAGUACAAUUAUAAAAUGUCAUAAACCAAUCAGAGCUGUAUUAGAAAUUAUUUAAAACUAUCUUGAAAUAAGAACGAAUUAUGAAUGCCGGUUAUAAACACGAUACGUAGGUGGUAAUUCGUGUAUAUUGCUCAAUAUAUAUUCAUUUGUAAAAUUAAGAAACAAAUAAUGAUAACGAAUAAUUGUUCUACUCCGCUUUAUUUAAGCUCAUCACGUUAUAACAUUUUUUGUUGUUGCGCUGAUCUGAUCCGCAAAUUCUGUCAGGACGUAAUGGUAUUCGUCAAUUUUAUUAAUAUCUGCAUCACAUAUUUUUCUAAUAAUAUUUUUGUACUACAAAAAAAUUUGAAUAAAUUAUUGAUGCGUUUUCAAUAAUAUUUAUAUAUGUAUAUUUAAAUGAUAAUAUAGGUACACUUGUGUAUUUCUUGAGAUUCAGGCAGUAAAUAUUUCUUCUGUUUAUACGGUAUUUUUUUUACACGCGGUCUCAGUUUUAGGCAGUUGAAAGUAUAUAUCCUUUUACUUGUUAAAAUUAUUCUAUCACUAAACCAAAAAUU